GAAUCGAUCGUUGAAACGUGAAGGUCUAAAAUAGCUCCUAGAAAAAGUGAACUGAAAUCCUCCUAAAAUGCAAGCCAAGUUGUGCAUCCUUCUUUUGGCCAUUGGCCUCAGUGAGAUUCUGGCAGUGCCGUAUCCCUUGUGGCAGCCCACGAAUCCGAGCGCCGACUUCCUCCAGUUCCUCAUCCAAUCCCGUGACCUCAUCUCCGACAGCGACCACUCCAUCGAGUGCCUCAACUACUACAGCCCCCUGCUGAACGACGAGCUGACCGCCUACCAGAACAACUUCAAGGGCUGUCUGGAGGAGUCCGCCCUGGAGGUCUCCCAGAUCAACGACAAGACCAAGGACGACCGCGAUGCCAUCGACGCCUCCGCCGUGAGCUCCUGCGAGGCCCUCACGGUCUGCAGUGAAAAGGAAGCCGCCGAGGAGUACUUCCAGUGCUACAGUGAAGCCGGCUCCAACGGCACCAAGUCCAUGUUCACCAUCUCCGCCAACGCCUCCGAACUUUUGGCUUUUGUGCAAGAGGAGGUGCGUCUCAUUAAAGUGAACGAGUACGUCUGCACCAACAAGACCCAGAGGGCCUACGCCGAGAACUCCGCUAAGCUCUACGAGGAUCUGGGCAGCUGCAUCAGUGGUGCUCCCAUUCCCGAGUCAACCACGAGCACCGAAACCCCAGUCACUGAAUCCUCAACUGAUACGUCCUCUGUUGUCACCGAUUCCUCCACUGAUUCGUCCUCUGUUGUCACCGAUUCCUCUACUGAUUCGUCCUCUGUUGUCACCGAUUCCUCCACUGAUUCGUCCUCUGUUGUCACCGAUUCCUCAACUGACUCUUCCUCUGAUGCGACGGACUCUUCAACCGAUUCUUCGUCUGCUGCUACGGAAUCCUCGACUGAUUCCUCCUCUGAUGUAACAGACUCCUCAACCGAUUCUUCGUCUGCUGCCACGGAGUCCUCAACUGAUUCGUCCUCUGAUGUGACGGAGUCUUCGACUGACUCUUCAUCUGCUGCUACGGAAUCCUCGACUGAUUCCUCCUCUGACGCCACGGAAUCCUCUACUGACUCCUCAUCUGCUGCCACAGAUUCCACAAGUGAAUCGUCCUCUGUUGAUCCCGAAUCCCCAUCCGAGAAGGAAGCCGCUCCCGAGGAGGAUCUGAGGUCGGUGUCUAGUCAGAACAACAGGGAAAUGCAGCGGAUACUGAAGAGCCUGCAGCUCUUGUUCAAGAGUCAGUAAGACAAAGAGCUUUCUAAUCCUAUAUUAAACAAUACAAAAAAUCCAAUAAAUAAAUAUACAUUAAUUAUUUAUAUUAAAAAACAUAAAAAGCAA